AUGACUACGAAGAAAGCGGAGAUCGUGGACACACACAACGUGGAUAUCAUUGCCGAUCUCGAACGCAAUGACGACUUUGCCAAAGGUGCUACAGAGCUUUUGGGGGCUACGGAAGAUGUCGGCUAUCAUCGAUCACUGGGUCGUCGUCAGAUUAUGAUGAUGACCUUCGGAGCAGGCAUUGGAACUGGUCUAUGGGUUGGCACAGGCACAGCCCUCAAAUAUGCUGGCCCGGGUGGCAUUGCCAUUGCAUAUACUGUUACUGCGAUGGUCGUUUAUCUACAGUAUGUCUCGGUUGGAGAAAUGACCGCGUACAAGCCUGUUCAUGGAGGAUUCAUCCGGCAGUGCAUUGAGUACGUGGAACCUGCCUUCGGCUUCGCAGUGGGAAUCAACUUCUGGUUUUCUUGGGUUAUCUGUAUCCCCGCCGAGAUCACAGCGGCAGUGUCCGUGCUCCAGUUUUGGCCGCAGACCGAUCUCGUGCCUCUUGCAGCUUACAUCAGUAUUUUCUUGGUCAUUAUUGCCUUGGCUAAUUCAUUCGGUGUGCGGAUAUACGGUCACGUCGAGUAUCUCAUGUCGUUUGUCAAAUGCCUAGCCAUCGUUGUCAUGAUUUUUUUCAUGAUUAUCAUGACUUCUGGUGGGAUUCCAGCCACACAUGGAGCGAUUGAAUUCCGCUAUUGGCGAACUCCCGGCGCUCUCAACAACGGCAUCAAGGGGAUUUCUAAGGCCUUCGUGCAAGCCCUGUUUAGCUUUGGCGGUGGAGAACACAUUGCGGUCAUUGCCGGUGAAGCCCGAGACCCUCGCCGGACCAUCCAAAGAACAGUGUAUCCUGUCUUCUGGCGCAUGUUUGCCUUCUUUGUCGUCAACAUCUGGCUGAUGGGGAUGUGUGUGCCAUAUGAUGAUGGUAAUCUGAUCAACGGAAGUGGCACGCUCGGUAGUCCCUUUGUUAUUGCCAUUGAGCGCGCAGGUGUGAUGUGGCUGGCGCACGUCAUCAAUGGCUUUAUUUUCCUGACCGUGAUCAGCUGCGGCAUCACCAGUGCCUACAUUGCUAGCCGUAGCCUGACAGCAUUGUCGGACCUGAAGGUCAUCCAUCCCGUGUUUGGACGGAAAGACGCUGUUGGGCGACCAUAUGUAUCAUUGGCCAUCAGUACUGCCCUUGGAGGAGGCCUGGCCUACUUGAACUGUAAUGACACGGGUGCCGUGGUAUACAGCUGGUUCUCAUCUCUGGUGUCCGUUUCCACCCUCUUCCAAUGGUCCAGCAUCUUCAUUUCGCACAUUCAAUUCCGACGAGGCCUCGCCGCCCAGGGCAUCAGCCUUCAGUCAUUGCCCUUCCGCGCCCGUGCAGCGCCCUACGCGCAGUACUUUGCAUUGGUCAUAGUUCUCUUUAUCGCAGGCUGUGAGUUCUACCUGGCCUGCUUUCCCUUUGGCGAGAAGGGAUCAGCCAAGUCGUGGUUCUCUGCUUACAUCGCUGCACCAUUGUUCUUCAUGGAUUAUCUUGGGUACAAGAUUUACUAUCGUUCGAGGCUGGUUCAACCUGCUGAGAUGGACUUCACGGCUGCCCAGGCUUUUGAUGAAGAAGACCGAGCUAGGGCUGCGGUGGGGUACGAGCGGAGAGAUGGUGAAGACGCAAGAAUCAUACAGCGUGUUAAGGACUUGAUCUUGGGUUGACCUGUUUCAGCUGCAGACACUCAGUGUCGAUGACCAGGUGGUUUUGUCCGAGUUCAAUGGAGUAAAGUAAACCACUUAUUAUUACAAAGACAUGGAAGUAGCCGCAAAACCGGUUAAGCAGCACCAACCCCUCUCUUUUCUCGGCAUGCUGCCCGCAAGUACACGCCGAGCUAGUAGUCGCUUAAGCAAGGUGCGUGAGAUUGUAGCGGUCUGUGUGGUCGACAGGAGAAGGGGGGUUGAAGGUGAGACCGGAUGCAGUUCCGAAUGUUGUAUUGUGGACUCGUCGUUGGGAAGCAAGUAUAGA